AUGUGGCAGCAGAAGUACGAUGAGGGCCUCCAAAUGCCCUACUACGUGAAUUUGGACGACGGCUCCAUCACGUUCGACCUCCCGUGUGAGGUCCUGGUUCAAAAGAAACCUUCAAAAUGUAAGGAAAAUAUCAUCCAGCGUAUUACUUCCGCUCUCUCGCUUAGAAGACUGUCUUCAAAGAACUCUGACGACGGGUGCCAGGUGAAACAGGAUGAAGCUUCCGAAGAGACUUAUAUCACUGCCGACACGAGUCCACCAAGUACGCCUCAAAUGAAGUACGAGGAGGAACCUUCGCUGCCUCUAUCGUUGAGCGGAAUGCCUAACGAAUCGUACAUGUUAGAGAAGGCCUUCAACCUAUAUCCUAAUGAGAAUGAUGUCGCCAGUAUAUCUUCCGACGAGCUGAUCCAGAGCUUUUACCUGGACAUCGUCGCCAACAGUGUGUACUACGACUACGCUCGUUCCGUUUACUGUGACGAGAAGCCACCUAUUGAAGAAGACUCUGAUCUUCAAAGAGAAAACGCAUUCUUUAACGAUGACUACGAAAAAGAACUCGAAAGACAAGAGCUUCGCCUUCAAAUCAUGAAGGAGCUCUACUAA